AUGCGCCUAACUUGCGUUUUCCUCGCCAUUGCACUAUGCUUGGUGCAGCUGGUGCUGGCGGCAGAAGACUAUUACAAGACUCUAGGUUUAGACAAAUCAGCUUCAGAAAGGGAUAUUAAAAGGGCAUAUCGAACAUUGAGCAAGAAAUACCAUCCUGAUAAGAACCCAGGCGACGAGAACGCACGCGAGAAAUUUGUCGAAAUCGCAGAGGCAUAUGACGUGCUUUCUACAUCCUCCACGCGCAAGAUUUACGAUCAGUAUGGACACGAAGGAGUGGAACAACAUCGACAGGGAGGCAAUGCGGGACGACAGGCGCACGAUCCCUUCGACUUGUUUUCGCGAUUCUUCGGCGGCGGUGGACACUUCGGCCAUGCGCCGGGGCACCGGAGGGGACCAGACAUGGAGUAUAAGAUUGGGUUGCCGCUGCGCGAUUUCUAUAAUGGCAGGGAGGUCACGAUUAUGUUAGAGAAACAGCAGAUCUGCGAUGCGUGCGAGGGUACGGGAUCGGCAGAUCGUGAGGUUAUCACCUGUGAUCGGUGCGCGGGACAUGGAAGGGUCAUUCAGAAGCAUAUGCUAGCACCCGGAAUGUUUCAGCAAGUGCAGAUGACCUGUGAUAAGUGUGGUGGGCAAGGGAAGGUGAUCAAGAAGCCCUGUCACGUAUGUCAUGGACAUCGGGUCGUUCGCAGAGAGGUGGAAACAGCGUUCACUGUAGAACCUGGAAUGGGGAAGGGGUCACGGAUUGUAUUCGAAAAUGAGGCCGACGAGAGUCCCGACUAUAUUGCUGGCGACCUCGUGCUGAUUUUGGAUGAGCGGGAACCCGAGGCCAGCGAUUACCAGUGGCAGACAGACGGUACCUUCUUCCGAAGGAAGGGUAAGGACUUAUUCUGGAGGGAAGCGCUAUCACUGCGGGAGGCAUGGAUGGGCGAGUGGACCCGCAAUAUCACUCAUUUGGAUGGUCAUGUCGUCCGGCUUGGACGCAAACGCGGUGAAGUCGUGCAGCCCUUGUCUGUGGAAACUGUUAAGGGUGAGGGCAUGCCAUUUUACUCAGACGGUCAUCUCCAUGAAAGCCACGACCAAGAUGAGGAACCGGGCAACCUGUAUGUGGAGUACAGUGUGAUCCUUCCUGACCAGAUGGAGAGCGGAAUGGAAAAGGAGUUCUUUGCGCUGUGGGAGAAGUGGCGCAAAAAGAACGGGGUCAGCCUGGACAAGGACAUUGGUCGGCCUGAGCCAUCAGUGAAGGAUGAGUUAUGA